GGCCGUAAUAGCUUUUAUAGCGGACACACUGUGUCGUUCCUAGAGGGUGUGCGGACUAAAUUAAACCGUAAACAUAGAGAGUGGGGAGACAUGGAUAAAUUGACCGUGUAGGGGUUGAAUUUGAUGCUGUGGUUCAUUGGAAUAGCCGCACGGUGUCAGUCGUUGUGUUUGAUAUGGCUUUAACUUACUGCUUUUUUAACACGAACUCUUUUGGUGCUAUAAUGUCACUCAAUAUUAUCACCUGAUGAUACAAGCGUGAUAAUAAACUUAAAUUAGCAUUGGACAUAACUGUCACCUACAGGAAAAGUUGUGAUAUUCAUGGAAUCAGCAAUGGAGGCUGAAGAAAUGAAAUAUUUAAUUGUUAACCGAAAAGAAAAUGCCCCAACCAUGCAGUCUGAUUUGGCCAGAAAACUGGUGUGGGUGCCGCAUGAAGUGCAGAGUUUCUGUGCGGCAGGGAUCAUUGCAGAGGAGGGGGACAUGUUGACAGUCCUACUGGAGGAAGGUGGCAAGCAAGUAAAAGUGACCAGGGACGAGUGUCAGAAAAUGAACCCCCCAAAAUACCACAAAGUAGAGGACAUGUCUGAACUCAUCUGCCUAAACGAUGCAUCAGUUCUGUUCAACAUCAAGGACAGAUAUUUUUCAGACUUAAUCUAUGUGAGUAAACACAUCAAACCCAAUUUCCACUGA